AGCCAUUAAGCGACGUGCCGUGACCAAACUGAAACGAGAUUUUACUGCCCGUUAGGCUCAUUUUAGCCAAACGCUAUCCCCCAAUGACCAAAACCGAAUAAGUAAUUCAUUAUCUGCUCUGGUCGCGCAUUCCUGAAGGAAUCAUUUUAUAGCUUUUAAUAAUCGUUUGCUCUGAACAUUUACUUGCAGGUCCUUGAGAAAUGGUGCCACUCUACACCAGUUUAAUUUCUACUUGGAUGACAGUUGUUACAAUAACGGCCAUCUCUGCCCUAUACGCACGACAGUUGCAUCAAGAGACUUGUCAUUCUAACCAUGAAGGCGACAGAAGUGGAUGAUUCUUUGUACGAGAGUGUGUUGUUUCUGUGACCUGGAUUAAAAAUGGUCUCGUGGCUGUGAACAUCUGUGUGACAACUAAUACAGCGGUUGCAAUGUCCGACGCCAUGGCUGCGGUCACCGGCGUCGGCAGGACGUUUGUGUCGAACAUUCUGUCGAAUUUCUGUUUUGUGGUUCUACUUGCCUUUGUCGUGGCUGUGCGUCAGAUUGCCGGGGAAUGCUGCAAUGGGACGCUGGGAUAUGCCACGAGUAACCCGUAUGCCACGAUGGUGUGCUCCGACAUGAAAUGCUGCAACGCCGGGGAAACGGUUGCUGCAAUAUCAAUCGACUUCGCUCUGGGAUUCGUCUUUAAAUGCAUGCCCAAAAGCGAUAUACGACAAGUUUGUUUUAAUGUUGGAGAAGAGGUGAGGACAACUAAUAACGACCCAGAUCUUAUACCACGUGCCUGUUGUGACGGUGCUAAAAUCGAUAUUCUCCUUAACCAAUGGCAUGCCGCCAUGAUUGUGAAAUGUGUGGCUAGGUAACACGAGAUCUCGCGAGACUGGACGUGACUUCUCGAAACUGACGUCGUCUCCAUUGUGAUAUGUGUGUGUUUGAAUAAUUAUGGUGAACAUGCAUUAUGCAAGGAUAUCUGAACAAGAAGAAAAAAAAAAAGUUAUUCAUGAAACCUAUUUCUCUAGAAACAAAAGCUAUAGGAUAUAUUGAAAGAAAGAAAAAUCGGCAGCAUACAUUUUAGGUUGCGGAUUAUUAGAAUGUUGAAACGUUCACAUUUCAAACACAAAUAUUAAUUUAGUGACAUUGAUACACACAAGUGAGAUAAAACUUUUAAAGAAAACGACAAAGUUAUUUGUAAAAUGUUAAACAUUUUACAGUGGUAUCCUGGUUUCAGCGAAUAUACAAGGAUAUUUGUUUUUAAAAUCUUUCAGAUUGGUACCAUUACCAUUCUUCACCGUGUCGUAUAGCUCAGGGCUAAUGAUUCUAAAUUUGUGAAACGUUCUAUUUGUUUUGGCCUCCAAUUUAAAACAAAAAUAUUAACGUGUAUUUUUAAUAUUUAACAAUUUAGAAUGGAUCAUAUAGUUUUGUUUUCUUAUCCCGUGAUGUUCUAAUAUUUAAUCCGAGUCACCCAUUAAAUGCAACAAGUGCAAACACUUAAUAUUGCGUACAUUGUUAAUAUUUAAGCAUUUAGAUACAGAUAAAUCAGUUUUGUUUUCUUACCCCGUGAUGUCCUAAAAUCCGAUCUGUACCAUCCAUUAAAUGCUGUGACAAGUGCAAAUGUCAUUUUCGCCAUAUCAACUCUCACGGUACACGGUAUUUGCAGAGCCGGUUUAAGGAUCCGCGGGGCCUGUAGCACAAAUAACUGCGGGACCCCUUUCCCAGGAUAUAUAUUUUGCAACCCCAUCGGGGAGAGGGGGAAAAUAACCCGGAGAAACAAAUGUACACGUCACCGCGGCGCUCCCUGAAGCGUGGGGUUCGUAGCACGUGCUACAUGUGCUACUAGGAUAAACCGGCUCUGGGUAUUUGGAUGCGGGUAAUCAGAGUAUCCCCAUAUCGUGAAGAAUGACCAUGAAUCGCCAUCACACAGAAGUCACAGUCGGAGAAUGCGAUGACACUUUUAUAUUACUCGACUGGCGUAUUAACAUUUGCGCCAGUCCAAUUGCACACAAUCUUACUGUCAAUCCACUUCAGAAUUCUCCUUCGGUAUAUUCAACCAACUCUAAUAUACGUUCAGGGCAUACCGAGCCCCAAAAGCAGUAAUUAAAAGUCAGGCCGAAGUAAUAUAGGGGUUUUGCCGUCUGGAUAAAUAGGAUAUGAACUAAGACUUUACGGCCAUCUCAACACAUAAUACAUACGUGUGACGUCGUUAAAGAUGUUAGUCUAGAUUCAACGUUUUAUAAGAACGGGGCCCAGAUCUACUACAGACGAUCUUCAAGACGGAGUGGACAUUAAAGAUUGAGUCUCUCGCCAGUUGAUCUAGUAAAAUGCCCAAACACAAUAUUGCCUGAAAAUAAUUACAUCUAAUUAUACUGUUUUUCCAGAGAAGUCUUUUAAGGCAACAUAGUCGUCACACUCCACUAGAUAUCAAUAUUUUGAUAUAAUAUUGAAUUAUAGCUACGUAGACAUAAAACGGGAAAAAAGUAAUUGCGUUCAUUUUAGCUAAUGUUUGCUGUAUAAAAUAUUUGUAAAAUAAUAUAUGGUGGCGAGCGUUAGCUGACGAAGAACGUACACACAGUGUAUAUUUCAAGUCACGUGAUCCGCCGUGACGACUUUCAGGCUCUAGGAGGCCAACUGUUGUGAUACUCUGCCUUUAAGAUAUUGUUUCAAUCGGACUGCAUUUGCUUCUAAGCGCUGUGUGCCGUACAGGUUAUUUUAUAUAUUAGUGUUGUGUUUGUUAAACAAAAUCUGUAACUGUGAGUGUGGAUAUUAUAACUGGGGUGAUCAUCGAUAGCACUUUGUAACGUGACGAUCUUAACACCGCACCGUCCAUUGUUAAGCCUGGCUACCAUAAAGUCUGUGAUACGUCAGCUACCGACGCAGACUAUACGCAGAUCAAAGACAUGUUUUAUAGGGGAACACAGUCGCAUACCCCCUCCCCCCCCCCCAAUCACCUUUUGUAACCCGACUCUCAGACAGUGUUGGUUUACCCCCUCCCCCUCAGUGUGGCUGCCCCCAAUAUCAAAUCAUGGGACCGCCAGUGGAUCGACGAGGAAUUUAGGAAGUUGAAACUUGUUCAACAUUGCAGAUCUUUCGCACGAAAAACCCCGAAGCCCCAUUUGCAAAACGAAACUGCGCUGUACUUUCUUGUAGUGACGUAUAGGGGCGUCGGGUUCUUCAUGUAUCUUUGGUUCUGGUUGCUAACAGGUACGUUUAAUGUCAUGACUGGACUCGAGAAUAAUCAAACUAAAGCUCUGCGACAUCAGAUAUAGGAAAUUUUUAUUUUAUUUUAGACACAGUAGCUUGCGACCAUUUGUUUGUCGGCGAUUGCCAAAGCAUUACAUAGAGUUUCCUCUAGCCUUCCCCUACAUAUCAAUAUCAAUAAGGGGAGGGCUGGAGAUGACUCGAGCUAUCGCAGAGGUUCUGCGUCAGUCUUUGUUUGUUACAGAGUUUACGGAAACCAGGCUUUGUGUAUAACAACUGUUUUUAAUAUCAUGUACAUAAACUGAAUGGAAUCAUAUUUGUUGUAUACUGUGUGUCACACAUAUUUCUGGCGCCUUCUGUCGUCUAUUCGUCCGUCCGUUUGUCAACUGCAAGAUAUAUAUUGCUAGCAGUUUCUCCAUUUCAUUGUGUCACAAUUAAAAAUAUGGAAACAUUGUCGGAGCCGCGUUCUCGCUAUGCGAUUUGUCGUGAGAAAUAGGACAUGUUAUAAUUUGUACGACUCCGACACGACUUGUCGUAUAAUGUUACGAUUUACGUGUUCUCGUAGUACGAUUCUAUCGCACGUGUCGAGGCAACUGAUAACAAUGAGAACGCUUCUUAAAUAAAGAUUCACUAAAUAUGUCACUGUAUAUAUGAAAUAAGUUUUGUAAUACACGUAUGUGGAAUUUAAAAAAAAAAAAAAAAUCAUUAUUGUAUUGUGUUUUAUGGGUGGGAGCAUAAAACAUUGACUAUCGCCCCCUCCCCAAUAUCAUAUUUUGAACAGCCCUUAGCCAUAACUGGAUUCAAGUAAAGUGUCUUUUUGCAUUCUUUGACAUUCCAUAACACGUAUGAUUGUGCUACACGGCUGGUAUGUUAUAUAGUUGUUUAGUGGCAUUGAGUUUUACAGCUCAUCUGUAUUAAAUUACAUUGUAUGUGUUGUCCUGUCAGCGUCAGUAAAAUGCUUUUUGCUGCUAACGUAACAGUCCAGUUGUGUGGUGACAAAGGAUUUAUGCAUUCCGUUUUCUAUUUUUCUGAUGUAUUCGACAGGACUUCGUGAUGAUAUUGUUUUGGCUCCGUAUACUAAAAAGUUAAAGUUUGUUUUGUUUAAAGACACCACUAGAACGCAUUGAUUUAUUAAUUAUCGCGUUUUGAAUUCCAAACAUUUGAUAAUUUUGACUCAUAGUCUUAAGAUAGGAAACCCGCUUAAUUUUUCCAUUAGUAGUGGGGUGGGUGGGAGUUGCCAAAUCGGGAAGAAAUGAGAUGGAAUUCAAGGGAGUAAACGAAAAGGGGCCAGAGGGAUAAAACAUAAAAACAAAAAUAGCAAGGUAUCUUUUAUAUGCACCACCCCACAGACGGGAUACCGGCCUUUAAUAUACCAAUCGUGGUGCACUGGCUAGAACGAGAAAUAGCCCAAUAUACCCACUAACGGGGAUCGAUCCCAGACCAACCGCGCACCAAGCGGACGUCUUACCACUGGGCUACGUCCCGCCCAAAGUAUGGUCAAUAUUAGAUACUCACCCUACGCAAAUGGCCCUUGGGGCGAGAUCUGAGUCUUACCACUGGGCUGCGUCCCAUCCCUAGUAUGGUCAAUAUUAGAUACUCACCCUACGCAAAUGACCCUUGGGGCGAGAUCUGAGUCUUACCACUGGGCUGCGUCCCGUCCCUAGUAUGGUCAAUAUUAGAUACUCGCCCUACGCAAAUGACCCUUGGGGCGAGAUCUGAGUCUUACCACUGGACUGCGUCCCGCCCCUAGUAUGGUCAAUAUUAGAUACUCGCCCUACGCAAAUGAGCCUUGGGGCGAGAUCUGAGUCUUACCACUGGACUGCGUCCCGCCCCUAGUAUGGUCAGUAUUAGAUACUCGCCCUACGCAAAUGAGCCUUGGGGCGAGAUCUGAGUCUUACCACUGGGCUACGUCCCGCCCCUAGUAUGGUCAAUAUUAGAUACUCGCCCUACACAAAUGAGCCUUGGGGCGAGAUCUGAGUCUUACCACUGGGCUGCGUCCCGCCCCUAGUAUGGUCAAUAUUAGAUACCCUACGCAAAUGACCCUUGGGGCGAGAUCUCAGUCGGUAGAGCGCUCGCCUCACUACUGAUGUAUAAAAGGUCGUGGUAUGUGCUGACAUGUCGGUGGGAGAGUACAUAUAAAAUAAAAUAAAACAUUAUUCUGUUCCAUAGUCAGCAGACUGCAUAGUUUAUAUGUCGGGAGGUAUAUUUAUUUCACAAACGUUGAGAAAAGAUUUUGUUGAAGAAAAAAGGAGAACUUUUUUAAAUUGUAUCAUCCGUCAAUAAAAUGUAAUAUAAAAAUAUGUAUGUUAAAAUAUAAUAUAUUUAUUGAGUACAUAGUCAAAAUAGUGGUACCACGAUGUCCCGAAGCGGAAUUCGUAAGUACAUGAUUCUACAAACGUUUUUUUUUUUCUUUUUUUUCUUUUAACAAUCUAAUUUCUGUAUUUCUGUUUAAUUUAAUUGUUUUAUUAAUCCAAAAUAACUUCAGUAUAAAACUAUCUCAUUAAAUAAAAUAAAAGACAAGUGAGAUUCAGAUUUGUAUAAAUGUCAUGUCUAAAAGCUAUUUCAGAAAAAUAAUGUUUAAUAUUAAAUCUUUGGUUUCUAUGAUACAUUAGUUCGGCCAUCAGUGUGAAAGCUAACAUGUGCUAAGUUAGUAUUCCAUUACUAGUUCCAAACUAAAUGGAAUGCGCCGAUUACUGGAGUGGGGUGGGGUGGGGUGGAUGUGGGGGUUGGGGAUAGGAUGUCUGUGUGUGGGUUGAGUGGGGUUGUAAGACAUAUGCACUGUCUUAUGCAAGCGUGUGACUUUUAUAUAUGCUGUGUCCGGUUUACACACAAACAUGUCUGGCUGUCUUCCGUUUAUUAUGUGUAGGAGUUUAGGUCAAUUAGUGAUGAAUAAAUAUUUCCGUCUUGUAUGACCCUCAAAGCAGCUAGUCCCUAGUUGUUAAAUUUUAGUGUUAGGUGCUAUGCCAGUCCUUACGUUACUAAUGAUAUUGUAAAAAUAAUUUCAUUAAAAUAACCAAAAAAGAGACGGGGUAUGGGUGGAAGACUGCGGGAGAAGGAGUGCAGUGGAUAGAGAUUAAGAUAGAAAAAGAGAAAGGGAAAGAGGGAGAGCGCGAGAAUGAGUGGGAGAGAGACAGCGAGAGAGAGAGAGAGAGA